AAAAUGAAAGAAACCCUAUAAUCCCCAAAUCUAAAACCCUAGUCUCCAUUAGCAACAUCCCUGCACCAGAAACUCGAACAAAAAUGGCAUGGCGAGGUUCAAUCUCCAGAACUUUAAUGUCCACCGCAAGAUCUUCAUCUUUCCGAUCCACCGCCCCGCUCCCCCGCCUCCGUCCUCCGCCGCUCUCCGCUCCCCGUCUCCACUCUCGCCGCCUCGGCAACCCUAGGAUGUUGGGAGAAUUAGGAUGCGCGCAGUCUCUGAUGACGAUUGCUGGAGCACGGAUGACGUCACACUUGACGGUUAAUGUGCGCGCGUUUUGCGAGUUGUCGAAUGAAUAUAUCAACUCUUUGCAUCUGGAUCUUGCGUUGUUUCUCGGCUCUCACAUCAAGGUUUUAAAUUUUUUGUCGGCUUUUCACAUCUCCCUCUUGCAUUGUUAUGCCAAAGACAACAUUCUACAAGCUACUCGAUAUGGGGUAACGCUUUCAGCCACCUUAGUCGGAUAGCGCCCCUCAUAUCGCCCUAGCUCCGUAAAAGAAAGGGCGUCGUCAUUGCCACCACCAAGCCCUUAACGGGAGCUAGAAGGAGACUUUGGUGGGGUCGUGUAUAAACCAAUAACAGCAAGGGUACAUUUGUAUAAAGAUUUUCCAAAACACUUUACUUGGAAUGGAAGCACACGCCAUUGGAGUCAUCGUUUCGGUAAAAAAACAAAGAGGUCGUAUCGUUUCCGCUAAUCCAGCCGAAGGAGAAAGGUACUACUUACGCCUACUUUUGUCAAAUGUCAGAGGGCCUACUUCUUUCGAACAUCUUUGCACAGUUAAUGGUCAACGGUGUGCGACAUUUCGGAAAGCAGCUCUUGAGUUAGGCUUAAUAGAAGACGAUGAAUAUCUAUCACAAUGUCUCGAAGAAGCCUCUACGUUUCAGUUUCCCAAUGCUCUUAGAAGGUUAUUUGCGACCAUAAUGAUUUUUUGCCAACCUGGAGAUAUUCGAAAGUUAUGGAAUGACCACUUUGAUUCACUAUCUGAAGAUCAUCGGUUACACUGUCAAAGUAUAGAACGAGUUCAAAAUAUGGUUCUUACCGAAAUAAGUGUCUUGGUACAAUCCAUGGGUAAAAAUUUCAAUGAAUUCGAUCUUCCUAAGAUAACAGACGAUGUUAACUUACAAGAUACAGGUUAUCGUGAGUUACAAGAAGAGUAUGGGAUUGUUUUGGAACCUGAACACUUGAGUGCCAAACAUUCACUUAAUCCGGACCAAAAAAACGUGUUUGAUGAGAUCAUGAUGCAUGUUGAUAAUGAUCUUCCAGGCGUGUUCUUUAUUGAUGGUCCAGGUGGAACUGGAAAAACAUUUUUGUACAUUGCCUUGCUUGCUGAAAUUCGGUCACGUGGUCUUAUUGCUCUCGCAACAGCUUCAUCAGGUGCAGCGGCUAAUAAUAUGCCAGGAGGUAGAACGGCUCACUCGAGAUUCAAGAUUCCUCUUAAUCUUGAAAAUAACUCAAUGUGCAAUAUUAAAAAACAGAGUGGGGCCGCUAAACUGAUUCGCUCUGCCAAAAUAAUCAUAUGGGAUGAAGCGUCGAUGGCUAAACGACAAGCGAUAGAGGCAGUCGAUCGUACAUUCCAAGACAUUAUAGGUGUUAGUCUCCCAUUUGGUCAGUGGCGGAGCUUGACCAAAACUUUCGAGGGGGCGUAAAGUAAUGGGACCCAAAAAACUUUUUUCCUAUCGUUAUGUUUCGGUUCGAAUUGGGUUGGCUAUUCGAUUCAAAUCGGGUCAAAUAAUAAUAGUUCCAAAUAAAACAAAGUGUAUAUUUACCACACUACCCAUCAUUUAUGUACAAAGUUUAUAAAUAUUUAGAAUAUA